AUGCUUAUAGCUGGUUGUGGAAGAGAAUGCAGUGCAGGAGGACACGCCUACCUUCUGGUUCUGGAUGCCUCCUCCCCCGACUUACACAUGCGCUCGGUCUCCUGGCUGCGCUUACGCCCCAACCCCAGCAACCUCGCGCAUGAUGUGUCUGAUGUAGCACACCGGAAUGAAAGGCACCUGGAGGCGCCACUCUACGUGUGCCGUUCUCGCCUUGCUUCCAGUCCUACCAGUGGCGUCUUGCUGUUUUCUCUCUUUCCACGGUGUCAGGCACAGCUGGUGUUGGCACCAAGGCAUCUACUUGGGGAGAGAUAUGCUGAAAUGCGAUCAGUUGUGACACUCUGCACAAACCCGAAGCCCACGGUUGACUUGAGUGUAUUUUCCGACUGCACCUCCCACCCCAGCGUUCCCAAGGCCAGCGUCUCUGGAGUAGGAUUCCUGGGAAAUUUCUCCCUCCUUUGCCUCUAUAACUUCACCUUGAUCACCGGACGUCACUUCAGACCCAGAGAUUUGAUUCUCAAUCGGCUGGUGCUGGUCAAUUCCAUUGUUCUUCUCUCUAAAGGAGUACCUCAGACUCUGGCAAGUUUGGGAUGGAAACAUUUCCUGGAUGAUAGGAGAUGUAAGCUUGUCUUCUAUUGUUACAGAGUGAGCACUGGUGUGUCCUUCAGCACCUUAUGCCUGUUCAAUGGCUUCCAGGCCAUUAAGCUCAACCCUGGAAUCUCUAGGUGGAUCUUGCUCCAGAUCAGAUCCCUACAGUGCAUAGGCUCCUGCUGUCUCCUCUGUUGGACCCUGCAUCUCCUCAUAAAUUCAUUUCUGCCUUUAUUAGUGAAUGUCCCAUGGAAUAAGGAAAAUCUCAGUGCAGAUGGGAGUCAUGGCUACUGUUCCUGGUCAAUAGGAGGAAGUCACAGCACCUUACAUUCAAUCUUAUACUUUUCCCCUGAUUUGAUGAAUCUGGUCCUCAUGGCUUGGGCCAGUGGCUCCAUGGUCUUUCUCCUGCACAGGCACAAGCAGCGAGUCCAGCACAUGCACAGCCAUGUCUGCAGCCCCAGACCUUCCCAUGAGGCCAGGGCCACACACACCAUCCUGAUCCUGACGAGCUCCUUUGUUUCCUUUUACUCCGUCUACACUGUACUGACCAUGUGGAUGACCCUAGCUGCAAACAGAGGCCAGUGGGUCAUGAGCAGCUCCGUGCUGGUGGCCUCAUGUUUCUCAGCACUCAGCCCCUUUGUGCUCCUCAUCAAUGACACCCGGGUCUCUCAGUUCCUCUCUCACUGCCGAGUGAGGACAAAUUGUGUCUCCUAA